AUGGCCCUGCGCACUGGGACGGCUUGGUUUGGGCAGGUCCUGCGCAGAGUUUCCCGGCUUCAGGGCACCUGGUCCCGGCGCUCCAGCAGCCUCCUGUGCCUCUCUUCUUCCCAGGAGCCCGAGCAGGCGGGCGGGGAGCGACCGCCGCCGCAGCACAAGCUGCCCCGGAGCGGCGGCAGCGGCGGCGGGCGCCGCCGGCCCCCCCGGCAGCUGCUCCCCUGCUGUAGCUGCUGCGGCCUGUCGGAACCCCGGGCGGCCAGGGGGGGACAUGGUCCCCUCACUCGCCCCUUGCUGGCGGCCAUGAAGAGGCAGAACGUGCGGACCCUGUCCCUCAUCAUCUGCACGUUCACCUACCUGCUGGUAGGGGCUGCCGUCUUUGAUGCCCUGGAGUCCGACAACGAGAUGCGGGAGGAGGAGAAACUCAAAGCCGAGGAGAUCCGGCUCAAAGGAAAGUACAACAUCACCAGCGAGGACUACCGGCAGCUGGAGUUGGUGAUCAUGCAGUCCGAGCCGCACCGCGCCGGAGUCCAGUGGAAAUUCGCCGGCUCCUUCUACUUUGCUAUCACGGUCAUCACGACCAUCGGUUACGGACACGCUGCCCCAGGGACGGAUGCAGGAAAGGCUUUCUGCAUGUUCUACGCUGUGCUGGGGAUCCCACUGACCCUCGUCAUGUUCCAGAGCCUGGGCGAGCGCAUGAACACCUUCGUCAAGUACCUCUUGAAACGCAUCAAAAAGUGCUGCGGCAUGAGGAGCACCGAGGUCUCCAUGGAAAACAUGGUCACUGUGGGUUUCUUCUCCUGCAUGGGGACACUCUGCAUUGGAGCAGCAGCCUUUUCCCAGUACGAGGAAUGGAGCUUUUUCCAUGCUUACUAUUACUGCUUUAUAACAUUGACUACGAUAGGGUUUGGAGACUAUGUGGCCCUGCAGACCAAAGGGGCCCUUCAAAAGAAGCCUCUCUACGUGGCUUUUAGCUUUAUGUACAUUCUAGUGGGGUUGACAGUCAUUGGGGCAUUUCUAAAUCUGGUUGUUCUCAGGUUCUUGACCAUGAACAGUGAGGAUGAGAGGAGGGAUGCCGAGGAGCGGGCGUCCCUGGCAGGGAACCGCAACAGCAUGAUUAUCCACAUCCAAGAGGACUCCCAGCACGGCCGGCCGCGCUACAAGGCCGAAGUGACAGACCUUCAGUCAGUUUGUUCCUGCAUGUGUUACAGGUCCCACGAGUACACCAGCCGGGUGGUGUCCCACCAAAAUUCGUUCAGCUCGAAGCUGAACCCCCAGUACUUUCACUCCAUCUCUUAUAAGAUAGAGGAGAUCUCGCCAAGCACAUUAAAAAACAGCCUUUUCCCAUCUCCUGUCAGCUCCAUCUCACCUGGGUUGCACAGCUUUACAGAUAACCACAGGCUGAUGAAACGGCGAAAGUCCAUUUAA